AUGGCCAACGCUCGUUCUGGUAUGGCGGUGUCGGAAGAGUGCCUGGCGAAAUUCGGAGAUCUCCAGAGGAAAAAGGCGCACCGCUUCAUUACUUACAAGAUUGAGAAGGACCAGAUCGUAGUGGACACUUACGGAGACCCUAGCAAGACCUACGCUGACUUCCAGGCUGCUCUUCCUGAGAAUGACUGCCGCUAUGCGGUUUACGACCACGAGUUUGUUACAGACGAUAACUGCCACAAGAGCAAGAUUUUCUUCAUCGCCUGGUCUCCUGACACGUCAGCUGUGAAGAACAAGAUGGUGUACGCCAGCUCGAAGGAUACCUUCCGCCAGCAGCUUUCCGGUGUGCAAAUUGAGCUUCAGGCAACAGAUGCGUCUGAAAUGGACCUUGAUAUCAUUAAAACGAAGGCUCUCAGGCGCCGAAGCAAUGUCGGUGGUUCGGAUAAAACUGGACCGAAUAGAGAGGAACGGAUAGAACCGGGAAGUUCGGGAAAGGGGGAACGGGUCGGCCGGCGCAAGUGGCUGCCUAAGGAGCCUGAAGUAGUGCAAGGCGGGAAAGUGGAGUUUGAUGAUCGAACGGUUGAGAAGCAUGGAGAGGCAGAUCAACGGUCAGGAUGGGAGGCAGCGCAAGAGCCGCUCGAGGCUGCGGCGUUUAGCGAGGAUGAUGCGGGAUUCGGAGGGAAACGCGGAACCGGAGCGGUCAUGAGUGAGACAGCAGAGGCGGCUGAAUACCGUCGGAUGGAGCGAAGCUUCGGGGAACGAGCGCAGGAGAUGGAUCCGGAGGAGCUUAGGCUGGCGAGGCAGCGGGUGGCCGAUCUUAUUCGUGCCGGGGAUGACGUGGAACAGGAGAUAGUGCGGCUGGGCAGGGAGGGCGCACUGAACGAUGCGCUCAUCCUCGUGAUUCAGAACCGCCUCAACUUCGCCCGGCACGACAACGAGCGCCAUGUGGUGCAGUGCCUCGACCUCUUGCUGCGGCGCAUUGAGGCAGAGAGAGAGGCGCAGCAAGCCACGCCCGCCCUACGCCUCCUCAACACCCUCCUGCACCUCGCUGAUGACCUCAGCGCUGACAUCAGCACCUCCAGCUACGACCAAUGGCAGCGCGAGGCGCGAGAUGCCAUGAGAGCAGUGUUUUUGCCAGAGGACCCAUUCAUGGUGGUCAUGCCGGUGGUGAAUGGCAUGGGCGCUCCCUCAGCAUCCACCCCAUGGAAUGACCUUGGUGGUAUGGCUGAUCCGGGUGCGAGCAUGGGUGGUGAGAGCACGCUUCUUCGUAUCGACUUUAUCCGCGAGCUGGAAGAGCUUCUAGAAAUUGUUGAAGCUGAUGCUGCAGCUGCUGCUCAGGUUAUCUCCGACGCUUUCAACUUACCACUGGAUGAUUCACAGGAAACAGAAGCCAAUGGCAACACUACGAUUGAGGAAGAUGGGGGUUCAUGGGGUGACCUCGAUGCCGACAAAGUGGCAUUGAAACUACGGCUAGAGGAGCGCUUGCGUAUCAUAAUCCGAAACUGGGCCUCUGGCCUCGCCGGAGAACUCGCGAUUCCCGCGAAACCGCACAGCAGCAGCUUCGACUCGGAGUCAUUAACUUAUGGAUACAAUGUCAGGCACGACCUGCUGGAGCGAUUACCGACUCCAGCAGUGCCAGGAGGUCCCCCUUCUACUCCUAAACCAGCGCCUGUUACGCUUGCGCAGUCACAGCUGAACGGGCUGAUCGCGCUGAACGCGGCGUGGCGGCUGUGGCCCGGCAAUGGCAAGCAGUCGACCCUGUGCCGGCAGUGGACUGGGAUCAAGUGCAACCCGCAAGGCAUGGUCACCGCGCUCAUGUGGGAUGGCAACACCGCAUCGACACCCAUUGAAGGACCCAUACCGCCUGCCAUAGCCGCUUUCACUGCGCUCUCUGUUCUGGACCUCCCAUCCAAUGCCAUCAACGGAACCAUCCCAGUGCGCGCUUUCCAGCAACUCAAACAACUGCAGAUACUGGAUCUGUCUCAGAAUGGCCUUGUGCCGCCCUUUCCAGCUCGCGCAUUGCAGUACAUGACGGCCCUGCGACGUCUGGAUCUGCAUGGCAUGGUGGCACUUGGCAGCACGCUCGACAUGCUUGGCUACUCCACCGCCUUCCAAUACAUUGACCUCUCAUAUACCGAAUCCAAAGGCGCCCUCCCACCUUCACUCGCUGCUGCCUCCAACCUCUCUCACCUGGACCUGACGUACAACUAUCCCACAGGGACCGUUGUCAGCAUUCUCAGCAACCUUACCUCCCUUACCUUCCUCUCCAUCGUAAAGGCAGUUGACCUCAUCGAUGACUUUGCCUCCUUCUCCUCGCUCUCGCGCCUCUCGCUCCUGGAGCACUUGGAGCUGGUAUCGUUGCACAACAUGACGGGCCGCCUCGAAGACAUGACCUUCCUCACAUCGCUUCCUAAGCUGCGCCAUCUGCAUUUCGGGGAUAUGAACGUGGACGGGGAGCUUCCUCCCGAGCUUGUCCUCCUUGAUAAGCUGACCUUCCUCGAUCUGAGUUACCUCUAUUUCAACGACGUGCCUCUCUGGCUGGGGACUUUCACCAACCUCCGAACCCUUGCCAUCUCGGACUCACGGCACUUGCGCUCGGGUGCCGUGCCGCAGGACCUCUCGCGCCUCUCGCACCUCGAGGAGUUUUCGGCAGUAGGGAAUGGUCUCGUUGGCUUCCUCCCCGAAUCAUGGGCCUCCCUCACUGCCCUCACACUGCUCAAUCUGAAGGACAACGGCCUCCUGGGCUCCAUCCCAAACGCCUUCUCUAACCUCCAGAGCCUCGCCACUCUGGAUUUGUCCAUUAACCAAAUGAGCGGCUCACUGCCCACCUCCUUCAGUCCUGCCCUUCAGUACCUCCUGCUCAACGACAACCAGUUUGAAGGCUCCCUGCCAUCUGCCCUCGGCAGUCUGCCAUCCCUUUUCACUCUCAAGUUGGGUGGCAACAGCCUUACAGGAACAAUUCCCAAGGCCUUCACACGACUCGCAUCCCUCAAAGAGUUGGUUCUGAGCAGCAACCAGCUGUCAGGAGGGCUUGAAGUCAUCGCCAACAUGCUGUCUCUCGCCACCAUUGAAAUUGGUUCCAACAACUUCUCAGGAGUGCUGUCUCCGGAGUUCUCCAAGCUCGCCUCUCUCGAGAGUUUCGAUAUUAGUAACAACAGCAUGACAGGGGAGCUUCCGCCAGUGCUUCUGGACCUCACCGCACUCAUGGGACUCGACUUGUCAUACAACAGACUCCAGGGGUCCAUUCCAGACUCCCUCACCAAGCUCGUCAAUCUGCAGUUUCUCCACUUGGAGCACAACCAAUUUUCCGGGGAGCUGCCGGCCUUCCUCUUCCAAUUCCCCGCACUCGUAGAGCUGUACCUCUCAGACAAUCAUUUCCAAGGCAGCAUUCCUCAAAGCCUCGACGCUAGUACCGAGCUUGGCACUCUCAAUCUAGAGGGCAACUCGUUUAGUGGCCCUCUGCCUGACUUCGCCCAGUGGAACACCAGCCUCACCGCUCUAUACCUCGGGUUCAACAAUUUCACUGGCUCCAUCCCAGACUCGCUCACUACAAUCACCUCCCUCAAUGCCAUCACUCUGCACUACAACCAGCUGUCGGGCACCAUUCCAGCUUCUCUCUCGGCUCUCACGGCCCUCGAUACAAUAUGGCUGGCCGGCAAUCAGCUCUCAGGCACUCUCCCUGACUUCUUCGCCUCCCUCUCAAACUUGCGACAGCUUCUGCUGGACGGCAAUCAGAUCUCGGGCUCUCUGCCAGCCUCCUUCUGCAAUCUGAAGCGACUUGAGUACUUUGGUGCGCGCAACAACCGCAUGUACGGGCCGCUGCCACGCUGCAUGUUUGACUUCCUCGGUCUCAACUACCUUGACGUGCGCAACAACUCGUUCUACGGCACCAUAAACCGCGACUUCAAGGGCAUGAACAACCAGCCCACAGAUCAGAACCCCAGAUCCGCCGCCCUCAACCUCGCGUACAACUACUUCUAUGGAGAGCCCUUUGUGUACGCAGCUGGCAGCAUGAUCUGCCCCACACCCGUUGUUCGUACCGUCGACUACCAUGAUAUUGCCUCCAUUGGGGCCACUGCUGGCGGGGUUGUGGCGGCAGAUUCCUCUUCCGGGCGACAGGAGUAUCGGGUCUCCGUGGCGUACGAGAAGGGCCAGGCCAGCCUGCUGCAGAACUGCCUGGCAGUGCGUGGCGAGGCGGGGUGCCUCGUGAACGAGACGCAGCGGCCGGCGGCGGAGUGUGCGGCGUUCUGCAGCAUCACGGAGAGCGGCGUGUGCAACGGGGUGGGGGAUUGCGUGCCGCCUGAGCCGGGGAGCAGCGAUCAGGGCUUCACGUGUCGCUGCAAUGCACCGUAUUCCACCGUGCCUGCUGCCAAUGGCAAUGGCUCCUCCUGUGCCAUUCAGACCACCAAGUCCUCGCUGUCAACGGGGGCCAUCGUGGGCAUCGCAGUGGGGUGCUUCAUGGGGCUCGCCCUCAUUGCUGCUGUGCUAGUCGUCAUGCUCCGGAAGAAGAAGAGACAUUCUGGCAUUCACUGUCUUUCUCAUCACAUUUCAACUCCCAUACCUCCCGUACCUCCUCGCCAGGUGCGGGCGAUGGCGAGUCUGAACCACAAGAACCUGGUGCGGCUGCUGGGGUUCUGCCUUGACAUGAACGUGGAGAGCGGCAAGCAGGAGCAGAUCCUCGUCUACGAGUUUGUGGCCAACCGUGACUUUCAGUACCACAUCCACAAGCCCAAGCGCCCGCUGACGCUGCGGCAGCGGUUGAAGCUGGCGGUGGGGGCAGCGGAGGGGUUGGCGUAUCUGCACGGCUUUGAGAAUCCCAUCAUUCACCGCGACAUCAAGCCCGCCAACAUCCUCGUCGGGGACAACCUCACCGCCAAGAUCGCGGAUUUUGGGCUGCUCAAGACACUCAAGGUUGGGGAUGAGAACGCCACGAGGGUAGCGGGCACACCGGGCUAUGUGGACCCGGACUACAACCGCACGCAGAUGGUCACCACCAAGAGCGAUGUCUACAGUUUCGGAGUGGUGCUGCUGGAGAUGCUGACAGCGCGCAAGGUCACCAUGGGCGGCAGCUCCCACAUCGGCAAAUGGGUGAGCAAGAUGGUAGCAGCAUACACGCUGGACGAGCUGAGAGACAAGACUCUGGAAAUCCCCGAGGAGGCCAUUGUCGAGUGGGCAGACCUGGCCUUGGACUGCAUCAAGGCACCCGGUUCCCGGCGCCCUGAGAUGAAGGAUGUGGUGAGAAGGUUGGAUGCGCUGCUGCAUAAGUACACGGAGGAGUAUGAGGGCGAGAAUGACCUCUUUGGAGGGGGUGAUGGGGCGAGCAGUGUGGGGAGUGUCGCAGGGCUGAGGAGCGUGGGCAGCCUGGGUGGCACGAGCACAGCCGUUGGAUCGGGGAUCAGUUUUCCUUCUUCUGGGGUGAUGAACUCGUCGAUUAACAGCACGGUGCAGAGCGGUGUGAUGAGUGGGGUGCAGAGCGGUGUGAUGAGUGGCAUUGGCCCCAUGAGUGGUGUGAGCGAGAUAUCUGAAAAGAGCGGGGUAUCGGGUGUGAGUGAAGCAUCGGGUAAGAGUGGGGGAGCUGGCGGGAGCACACGAUCCAAGCUGAUGAUGUCUGUGGCGUCGGCGCUGGGAAUCAGUGAAGAGGAUGUGGGGCGGCGGGAGGAGGGUGGUGGGGAUAGUGCAGUGAUGAAGUCAGCUGGCGGGAAGAGCCUUCAGACCCUCUUGAGUGUAAAGGAGGUUGAGGGGCGAUGA